ACCGCUUCUCCUGGUCGAUGCGCCGGCCGCCUUAAGCCUUAAACCCUACUCUCCCACAAACCCCCCCACCCAAAGCCGCCAUGGCUGCCGCCGCCGCGAAGGCCGCGGCCGCCGCCCUCUCCACCGCCGGUGUCGUCGCCUUCUCCUCCGAGCGGGCGUACGCCGAUGGGGGCGCCCCCGCGUUCCGAUUCCCCGGCUUCUCCGCCCCCCCGACCCCUCCCCCCGCCGCGCAGCCGCCGCCGCCGACGCCGCCGGCUCCCGCGCCGGCCGCGGAGGAGAAGCGCAAGGUCCGGAACGAUCACCCCCGCACCAGCGCCGCCGGGUUCGACCCCGAGGCGCUGGAGCGCGGGGCCGCUAUGCUGAAGCAGAUCGAGAACUCGCCGCAUGGCAAAAAGGUCUUCGAGAUAUUGAAGCAGCAGGAGGAUGUGCGGAGGGCGGAGAACCUGACGAAGAAGGUGGAGUUUCAGAAGGAGCUUGCGGCGAUCGAACUGGAGAAGACACGCGUUGAUUAUGAUGAGAGGAAAAAACUUGAGCAACAGCGAGCUCAGGUAAAAUCACAGAUGUCUCGAUACGAAGAUGAGCUAGCAAGGAAGAGAAUGCAGGCAGAUCAUGAGGCCCAGAGAGUGAGAAACCAGGAGCUCGUGAAGAUGCAAGAGGAAUCAGCGAUUAGGCAAGAGCAGAUGAGACGUGCGAUCGAGGAGCAAAUACAGGAAGAACGAAGAAAGACUGAUAGAGCAAAGGCAAUUGUGGAGAAGGAAAUUGAGCAAGAGAAAAUUUUAGCUGAGGCAAAUGCGAGAAUAAAGUUAAAAAAACAAACUGAAGAUGUUGAAAGGCGAUUGCUUAUUGAGGGGGCAAAGGCUGAGAAGGAGAAGUGGGUUCAAUUAAUAAAUACAACCUUUGAGCAUAUAGGAGGUGGUCUACAGACAAUAUUAACUGAUCAAAAUAAGCUAGUUGUAGCAGUUGGAGGUGUCACAGCACUUGCAGCUGGGAUAUACACAACAAGGGAGGGUGCAAGAGUGGUCUGGGGCUAUGUUGAUCGUAUUCUAGGUCAGCCAUCACUUAUUAGAGAGUCAUCACGAGGGAAAUAUCCCUGGUCUGGUGUCUUCUCACGUGCUAUGAGUACAAUGACUAGUAAACUGAAUAAAGGAAGCAACUUGGGGAACAACGGGAAUGGGUUUGGUGAUGUUAUUCUAAAUCCUUCUCUUCAGAAGAGAGUGAAGCAGCUUGCUAAUGCCACUGCCAACACAAAACUUCAUCAAGCUCCUUUUAGAAACAUGCUUUUCUAUGGUCCACCUGGCACAGGAAAAACGAUGGCAGCAAGAGAACUAGCUCGGAAAUCUGGAUUAGAUUAUGCACUAAUGACUGGUGGAGAUGUUGCACCAUUGGGAUCGCAAGCAGUCACUAAGAUUCAUCAGUUGUUUGACUGGGCAAAGAAAUCAAAUAGAGGUUUACUCCUCUUCAUUGAUGAAGCUGAUGCUUUCUUGUGCGAACGGAACAAGACAUAUAUGAGUGAAGCUCAAAGGAGUGCCCUGAAUGCUCUCCUUUUCCGCACAGGCGACCAAUCUAAGGACAUCGUCCUUGCACUUGCGACCAACAGGCCCGGUGACCUUGACUCUGCUGUCGCCGACCGAAUCGAUGAGGUCCUUGAGUUUCCCUUGCCUGGGGAAGAUGAGCGGUCCAAGCUUUUCAAACUAUAUCUGGACAAGUACAUAAUGAAAGCUGGUGAAAAACACGAAAAGAGCUGGCUCAGGUUCUUCCGCGGUCAGCCUCAGAAGAUAGAGGUGAAGGGUGUCACAGAUGACUUGAUACGGGAGGCGGCUGCCAAGACCGAGGGUUUCUCAGGAAGAGAGAUCGCGAAGCUGAUGGCAAGUGUUCAGGCUGCCGUGUACGGAAGCAAGGAGUGCGUGCUGACUCCAGACCUGUUCCGUGAGGUUGUAGACUACAAGGUCGCCGAGCACCAGCAGAGGAGACGACUUGCUGGCUAUGAGCAGAAGAAUGCUUAGGAAGUCUCUUUUCGCGCAACCCCCCCCCCCUCCCCCCUCUUUUGCUGUAGGCUCACAAUGUUUAUUUCUUGCGAGGUUGCCUGAACGGCCAGGUGAUUUAUCUGCUUCGUUGUCUUUAGCUUUAUUAUUCUUUUGCUGCAAUCCUUACCCUUACAUGGGGAGUUUUUGGCAAUGGUGGAUGAUCAACAGAAGAAGAGGAUUACAUGUAUGAACGAUAACCUAACGCAGUGUCACUUGCGACAAGAUGGGAAAUUUACUGGACAAUAUCAUUGAUCAGCUCUAAUUUCGCAUACAUAUUCCCCUC